CUAAAACAACCUAAGCCAGUGGACGCGGGACGCGGGUGGCGCUGUGGGUUAAACCACAGAGCCUAGGACUUGUUGAUCAGAAGGUCGGCAGUUCGAAUCCCUGCGAUGGGGUGAGCUCCUAUUGCUCGGUCCCUGCUCCUGCCAACCUAGCAGUUCGAAAGCACAUCAAAGUGCAAGGAGAUAAAUAGGUACCCCUCUGGCAGGAAGGUAAACGGCGUUUCCGUGCACUGCUCUGGUUCGCCAGAAGCGGCUUAGUCCUGCUGGCCACAUGACCCGGAAGCUGUACGCCGGCUCCCUCGGCCAAUAAAGCGAGAUGAGCGCCGCAACCCCAGAGUCGGCCACGACUGGACCUAAUGGUCCUUUACCUUUACGCCAGUGGACAUAAUCACAUCUUGUGGCAGGGAAUCCCACAGACCGAUUAUGAGCUGUGUGAAAAACGACUUCCUAUUGCCAUCCAGUUUCACUGGAAGGUGACAAGCGGGUCACAAGAUGGCCAGGGGAGUUGGACUAAAGGUCCCUCAAGGGUCCCUUCCAAUGGUACAAUUCUAUGAUCCUACUGUUGGGCAGGGCAGAAAAUAAAUAGCACAUAUUAUUUUCACCAAUCCAUUCAUUUUUAUGCCCACUUUCCCCUUAUAUAUGUGGGGUUUUUUUAUAUAUAAGCAUUGGUUGGUUAGCAAGCUGCAUUGCAAAAUUCGGAUAACUGCACCGUUCCAAAGGAUGGCUUCCUCCUUUCUUUUAUGUGAAUUUGGAAGAUUCAACUUUCAAUUUGAACUGAAUCAACUUCCCCUGUCCGCCAUAAAUACAAUUCUAAUCUAAUAAUUUAAGAAAAGGCGGCUGGAUCAGGCCAAAGGCCCAUGUAGUCCAGUAUCCUGUUCUCACAGCGGCUACGCAGAUUUACUCAGAAGUAACUCCCACAGUGUUCAAUAGGCUGCGGUAAGUAUGCGCAGGAUUGCAGCCCUCAUUUCUAAGCCUAAUAGCAGGUCUUCAUUUUCCUUUACAAGAGCACCACUUCUGGCAUAUCACUGCUGAAAUCAAUGGGCUUUAGGUGUGUUUAGGAUUGUAAAUCUGCUUCCAAGCAAAGAUGGAGAAAUUUCUGCUGUCCAGCACUUCACAGCCUUUCUUCCAAGGACCUCAAAGUGGCAUACAUGGUUCUCCUCCUCCCCAUUUUAUCCUCACAACGACCCUGUGAGGUAGGCGAGGCUGAGAAACAAUGACUGAAUGCAAGGUCACCCAGCUAGCUUCGUGGCUGAAUCCUAGCCCAAAACUCUAACCGCUAUGCCACACUGCCUUCAUACUUAACACUGCUGUUUUAUUGAUGCUAUUACGAAAUUGUAUGGUCGUUUUUUAGAGGUAUUCUUGUUUUCUUGGCUGUGAGACGCUUUGGGCACGGUUCUUUCCUUGGAAAGGCGGUGUACAAAGAUGACGAUGCAAUCCUACAACAUGUCUUACUACUCAGUGAAACAAAUCCCGUCGAGUCCAGGUAAGUGGCUUUAGGAUUGCGCAGCCAAUGUCCCGCUGAGCUGAACGGAGCUUGCUUUUCGGUGCACGUGCUCAGGAUCCCGCUUGCGCGGUUUCGAUGCUCCACUGUCUAUAAUAUAACUGAUUGGGUCUACUUCUGAGUGAACACGGGUGGGCUAGAGGUCUGUUUCGAUUUCCUUAUGCGGCCAUCCCAGCCCGAGAAACAGGUGAGAAUCGCGUUCGUACCCCUGCCUUGCAGCCUCCGACCCUACACCCAGCGCAUUCACACGUGCAUCCCCCGACCCCCGUCUACCUGCAAGCUGCGCGCGCGGCAUUCCAGCACAAAGAGGCCAGCGGGCGUCGGAAGAGGAGGAGGCGCCGCCGAGAAACCCAGAAAGGGGAGGCGCUGCGGGAAGGAGGAGGAGGAGACCGGCGGGGCGGGAUCCAGAAAGCUGCGAGCGGCUUCCUGCUCCCCCCUCCACACCGCCCCACAUCCCCGGCCAGCCCCUCCCCACAAGCCGCCCUCUGCAACAGGAAACCCCGCCGGGGCCUUGCGUCGGGAGGCAGCGGGAGCCAAACUCAAGUUCGAUCCAGGUGAGGAGCUCCAAGGUGCUGCGCGCGUGUGCACGGCGUCGAUUCGGAUCGGGGGCGCGGGGGAGGGGGUCCGUGUGGACAGAAAGGGGACGUUUCCGGUUCGAAGCGUUCUUAGCGCUUUGCUCGUUCCAAACAAACAAAAAAAAGAAGAUUUUAAGAGCUGGGAGUUUUUGGGGCGUUGCAGCGCAAGCCCCUGUGCGUGCCUGUUUACACUCGGGAGCAGGCGCCGAGUUGGGUUCAAACGGGGCUUACUACUCCCGAGUAAGUGGGUUGCAGGCGGAAUCGCGUCUCGCGUGGGAGCAGGCUCUGGUGUUCGUGGCCAGCCUCGUGAAAACGCCACCCUCGCGACGUGUUUUUCCAGGGCUGUGCCCCUGGAAAAUAUGGAGGAGUAGUCAAUAAGCGGGCGAAGCGAAGCGGAGUGAUCCGAGUUAGCUGCCAAGUAUAUUUCCCUCCCGUCACUGGGUAACCUGAGAGCCCAUUCCCUUAAAUCGGCGCUGGAGGAAACGUGGAUUCCUGGAGUUUCUUUCUUUUCUUUUGGAGGUAACUGUAUUCUGCACAUGCUCCGGGUAACUCUUGGCUGUGGUUAUUCCAGGAUUGAGCCUGGACUUUGACCACAGGAUGCGUGGCAGCCCUCAGAUUAUUCCGUGGCAGAAAGUGGCUGGGGGAGCGAAGGCAGACACCUGGAACUGGAACUCAAAUUAAUUGAAUUGAAACUGAAAGUAAAAAGAGGUUAAGAGCGUUGGCCAAGGGUUCAAAUCCCUGGCUGGGUGACCUUGGGCCUGUCACUGCCUGGCAGCCUAACCUAUCUCGCAGGGUUGUUGUGAAGAUUAAAUGAGGAAGAGUGGGGGAACCACAUAUUUCAGCUCCUCGGAUAAGACAUGGGGGUAUAAAAGCAAAAAUACGUAGGUUCAAGAGAGGAAGGGAUAAUGCUUAGGAUGGAAGCUGGACGAGGAUGCAUUGAAAGUUUGUAUUAUGUUAGCAGGGUGGGAGGGUGGCUGACAUUCAAAUGAUUUUGUCCCUUAAAAGGAAUAUCCAAAAGGAUGGAUUUUAGGUUUUAGAGAGAUGGAAAAUGGGAUUGGAGAGCAAGGCCUGUUAGUAGGGUGUGUUUUAUGGUGUGUUUUAUGUGGCGUGUGGUAUUGAUAUGGCUUUCCGGAAUUAGAAACAUGGUUUUGUGUUUAAGGCUAAAAGGCCCUCACACAGCCUUCACAAACCUGGCACCCUCCCUCCAGAUGUAAGCCUACAACUCCCAUCAUCCCCAAGGGCACCAGGUUGACAAAGAUUUCCCUGGCACUGUCCUUCCCUCUUUCCUCCCCUCUUUUUCAGGCUAGUUUUACAGCAGGUGUCUUCUCCCUUUCCAGAUCCAAGACCCACCUUUUACCUAAACACACAUUUUGGGGCCUAUUUAUUCAUAACAACAUAAAGUUGGAAGGGACCAUGAGAGUUAUCUAGUCCAACCCAAUCUGCAGUGACCAAGGCUGAUGGGAUUUGUAGUCCAACGACUUCUGGAAGACUAUAGCUUUCCCAUCCUGUGUUUCGAAGGGGUGGUUUGUUUCAUAGAUGGGAUUUUUAAGGCCAUCUUUACACUGUCCUUUGACACCUGAGAGGUGUGUUUUCAGGGCCCAGCCUCUUCCUGUGCCUGUUUUAAUUGUUUUUAAUUUUCGGUAUCAAAUUGUUGUUACCCGCCCUGGCGCCUGCUGGUGAAGGAAGGGCAAUGAAUUUAAUAAUAAUAGAUGAGCUAUUAGUGUUUUUGAUGUAGGUGUAGAAACUCUUUGUGUGUGUGUGGGUGGGUUGGGGAAGAGCGUUUGUUUGUUUUCUAAAAAUAGGGAAUGCUUUGUGUAAUGGGAGUGUGUGCCGCUUGAGCAUUUUGCAGGAAAAGAGCUACGCUGUUUUUUGUGCAUUAAAAAACAAACCUCUGCGUGUUUACAACCACCAUUAAAGGAAAGUCCAUAGUCCAUUGUUGGAGCAAGUGCUUUCCAUGCCAGCAGGGACCGGCACCUGGGACUGAUGUGAGUUGUAGUCCAAAAUAUUUGAAGGGCACCAGGUUGGCUAAGGCUAGUGUGGGCAACGCUGAGUUCAGACCGAGAGCAGCAUGGCUUGGCACCCACCCACACCCAUUCCAUCUGUUCAUAUAUGAAACACACAUAUCUGUGGGCAAGUCUUUUUUAAAAAUCUAUUCCUGAUCCAGUCCAUUUCCUGUGACCUAGAACUGCCAUUAGGGAGGUAAAUAAGAAUAAAAUCAAGACCCCCCUCCCUUGAAGCAAUAGUGUUUGAAAUAUGGGGAAUAUUUCCCUGCAGCUGAAUUCUUAAGAAGCCGCAUACCUUUUUCUUUUUUUUUCUUUUUUUUGCAUUCAGGGGCACAACAGCCAGCUUUACCUGGAACUGAACUGGGAACUGGUUGUCUACCCUCUCUAGAGGCAUGUUGAUCCCUCCUCCCCUUGCCACCUCUAGCCUCUCAUCGCUCCAGCUGCCCUGGGACCGCAGCUUUUGCAUGCCAAACAUUUUUUGCUAGCCAGGGAGGCAUCUUGAGCCUGUGAGGUCAGUUGCAGAGCGCAUGCCAGCGGCCUGGUGGUUUGGGGGGGGGGGGAAGAAAGGGGUUAGGCUGCUGCCUUGGAGAGGUUUCUCUGCAGGCUCCCAAAGCCCUCUCUCUGCCCCAUAUUUUUCCUCCUCUUCCUCUUCCUCCUCCUCCUCCUCCUCCAUCACCCUAUCAGUUAAAGCAGCAAACGUUUUCAACAGGGGGUUGGUCCACUGUCCCUCAGACCUUGUGGGGGGCCGGACUAUAUUUUGAAAAAAGAACGAAUUCCUAUUCCCCACAAAGAGAUGCAUUUUAAAUAAAAGCACACAUUCUACUCAUGUAAAAACACCAGGCAGGCCCCACAAAGAACCCAGAGAUGCAUUUUAAAGAAAGCGACACAUUCUACUCAUGUAAAAACACCCUGAUUCCUGGACCGUCCGUGGGCCGAUUCUAGAAGGCAGUUGGGCCGGAUCCGCACCCCCGGGCCUUAGUUUGCCUACCCACGGGUUAAAGGAUCCCUUCAUUUCGUUUUGCUUCGUAAAGGACCCCUCAGUGUGUUCCGUGGUGUUUGCUUGACAUGGAAUGAAUAUCCCUGCAGCCAAUAGUGUGAAUCUGUUCCCCACUACAGUGUGCAAAGCUGCUGCUCUCCACAUAUGUUCAACUAGUUCUCCAUGGGUCGGUUCAUGUGUUGCUGCUGGCGACUGGUCGUGGGGGCAGCAGACUCUGCCUGGCUUCAAAGAGCGGUCCCCAAAAUUAUUAUUAGGACAACUCGUCACUGUUUUACUCUUGAAACGUAUCUCAAAAGGAUGCUGUUGUGUGUGUGCAUCAGGACGAAGGGGUUGUAUUUUUGAAAGGAUCCUGUGUUUGUGAGUGGAAGGUGGGGAUUUAGUGUGCAUUGCACCCCCACUUUCGUCCUCACCCUCCAUUUCAGAUGUUGAAAGACCGCUCCCCCCCCCCGCUCACAAAGCUACAAUUCCCAGACUUCCCUGGAAAGAUGGAUUGAUCGCUUACCCACUCUGAAUAUUGUAGCUCUUCGUGAAGGACAAGGUGUUUCUGAGGACCUCUUCACAAACUGCACUUCCCAGAAUACUGCUUUAAAUGUGCACUGCGGCGGCACUCCCUGCCCCAAGGAGCUUCCAGUUAAAAUUCUGACAGUUGAAGCAGACAACCGAGGGAAAUGCGAGAAGGACAAAGGAGCAAGUUCAACUGACGGCUAAUGACAAGCCCGUGUGAUUGCAGCAGGAAAUCGCUUUGCCUGCGUUGGCUCGUGGCCUGCUCUCAACAGAGGCAUGCUAGUUCAUGUUCAGUCUAUGCACAGGAUGCCAUGCGUGGCACAAACCAGCAAAUGUUGUGUGUUUGGGGUUUUUUUUGGAGGGCUUGCUGUAGUGGGCCCCAAAACCAAAUCCUCGUGUCUGGCGCUGGGGGCACCCCACAGGCUGAAACAAUUGGAAAACAACAGGGGCGGCUUUGCAUGUGCCUGCCAUGUGCUCAGAGGACCACAGGAAGUGACCCUAGUGUUGUUACUCUCAUUGCUUAUUGGACUGUUUUUGUGUGGUUUUCUUUCCCUCUGUCUCACGCCACUCUUUUUCAGACAGAAAUCAGAGCGGCUUAGAACAAUAAAGCCAUAGCUAUACCAAAACAAUGUAGAAAAUACAAAUGGAAAAUGGGACUGUAUAAGCAGGCCUGAUUUUGCCAAUCUGGUGCCUUCAAGAUGGUUGGGAGUCCUUGGUUGAGGAAGGCUGAACCAGACAAAACAACAAAAUGGAGGCUCAUGUAGGGAAGAAAAGCUGUGAUGAAGACCUCUUGGGGGGAAAACAGAACUCCUGUUUGAAUAGGAACCAGUGUUAGAAACCCAGAUAUAGUAGCUAGGUGCCAAAUGGCUCCUUAAACCAGGGUUACAGUCGCCAAAACAGAAUGCCUAGUUGCCAUUUUGGGGCCAAGCAGCUCAAAAGUUAUAUUUUUCAAUACAGUCAUACCUCGGGUUGAAGUAGCUUCGGGAUGAAUAUUUUCGGGUUGCGCUCCGCGGCGUUACUUCCGGGUUUCGCUGCAUGCGCAGAUGCUCAAAAUGACAUCACACGCAUGCGCAGAAGCACCAACAUGCGCAAACGCACAGUCACGUGUUACGUUCGCUUCAGGAUGUGAACGGGGCUCCGGAAUGGAUCCCGUUCGCAUCCAGAGGUACCACUGUACGACUUUUUGGUUCUUGAAAUUGUGCUCUGAUUGUGCAGAUAAAAUAGAACGGAUAGAAUUCUACAGGAUGUGUUGCUAGUGUGUGAAAACAGGAUGGACCCAUGGAUCUCCAGGCAGGCAACUCCAGAGGGUGGAGAUGUCAGGUGCCCCCUGCCCCCCCUCCAGAAAUCUUUACUGGGUUGCAAGUGACCGUUAGCCAGGUGCAAAAUGCCUCUGGUACCUGGCUAAUUUCGAAUGCUGAGAGGAACAUAGGGAGCUGUCUUCUACUGAGUCAGACCAUUGGUCCAUCUAGAUCAAAUUUAAUAAGUAAAUAUUGUCUACACCGGCUGGCUGCGGUUCUUCAUCAUUACAGGCAGGGAAUGUCUCCCUGCUGGAGAUGGUGUGGAUCUUCUGUAUGCGGUGGGGCAUCAGAUGUUGUUGAACUACAACUUCCAUCACCUCUGACCAUUGGCCGUGUCCGCUGGGAAUGAUGGGAGUUGUAGUUUCAGCAGCAUCUGGAGGGCCAGAGACUCUCCAUCCCUGCUCUAACCCACCAAACUACCAGCUUCCCUCAACCCAUCUACAAACAUUUAGUGUUGGUGCUGAGCAGGCUUUCCUAAGGAGUCUGUUUUAUGGUGUUAGCUCUGCAACCAAGAAGCCCCCACUUCUCGGAGAUGUCCACAUCUGGAGCAGAGCUUCAGAAAUUACGCAAAGUGCUUGUGGGGCGGUGAGAACUCAGAAAGGAAACCUUAAAACUUAAAAGAAUACAUACAAAUAUGUAAGAAGACCCACCUUUCUCCCAUAUGCUGCUCAGCGGUCCCUCUUGGUUCUCGCCAUAGUCAACCAGGUGCCUUCACACAGUGCAUACUUAAACUUGAAAUCUGCUCCCAGAAGAUGCAGUGAAGGCCACCCACUUAUGCCCCCAGCAGAUUCCUGUGGUCUUUCAGAGGAUUUCUCAUGAUGUGGGUCUUUUAGUGUGCGGCUGACCCUGUUCUGUGUGAAAUAACAUUUCUGCUGAGAGAUAACGGGGACCCACUAUCUGCAUUUUCGGGAAACAAUUAGAGUUAUUUUUGUUUUCCGACAGGUUUUCUCAGCCGGAUAAAUGGGCCUUGAUCACAAGUGUCCACUUCUUAGGGUUUUAGUCAUCUUCUAAAUGUAUUUGGUGUUUUUUUUAAAAAUAAACCUGUUUCCUACAUGUAAAUCGCCUUGAGACAGUGUUUUAGAAGGCAGUUCAUAGAUUGAUGGUGAUGAUAGUAUGAUUAGUAACUUAGAUGACUGUAGAAGAGGAUAUCAUGUGGGAUUCUAGAAACAGUACGAAAGCCUGUGCUGAUUUGCACAUCUUUGAAAAGAUCAGAGCAAGAUGCAUUGUGGGGUUUUUUGGUGAGAUGGAGACGACAAGCACAGCACUAAUGUUAACAUGAAGGCAACAUGGAUGAAGACAUGCUUUGCAGAACACAAACUUUGUACGCAGGAACCCUUUCCACCCCGCUGUGCAAAAAGAUUCCUCACUCUGAUGAGAUCUUAUGCCUUCCCCCCCUUGCCUCUGCUAAACAGCUGGAAGAGGAAUCUCAGGGGGGUGCCAAGGGGGCAGGAUAUCACAGCAGGAGGAGUGACUGUUCCAGCAAUUCUCAGAAGACUGAAGAAGCCUACGAGGAAGGUUGUGUCUUGGGACUGGGGGGACAUCAGCAGAGCCUGGAGCUGGGAACCAGAUCCAUGCUGCAAUUGAGAGGGGGUUGAGAGAGAGGCGUGUGGGCUGGUAUAACCAGGAGAGUGGAGCUGAGGCUACUAAAACAGUUGGGGAAUCUUUGCGCAGUGCAAAAUUAACGUAGGCAAAGUCAUUUGAGCCAGCCUUUCUGUGGACUUCCAGUUGUUGCUGGACUCCAUUUCCCAUCAGCCCCAGCUAGCAUGGCCAGUGAGCAGGGGGUGAUGGGAGUGAUAGUCAGAUAAGGCCACUAGCACCCCAGUUCUGGCCUGCGGCAUUCACCGCCAAAAAGCUAGCGUACAUAACUUUGGAAAACACACAAGAUACCAACCAAAUUCAAGGAGGACAAAUCUGUGAAGGGCAAUGAGGUAACCUUCAUAUUCAAAGGCAGCAAAGGGCCACAUCUGCGCCAUUUGUGUAAAGUGCCUUGACACCACUUCAAACAAACAUGGCUUCCUCCCAAAGAAUUCUGGGAGCUGUUGUUUGUUAAGGGUGCUGAGAGUCAUUAGGAUGCCCCCAUUCCCCUUACAAACCCGCAAUUCUCAAAUUUUCCCAUGAAGAGGGAUUUGUUGUUACACCAUGCGGGAGUCAUGGCUAUUUAAAGGAGACCCGCUGUUCCGUUCACAGAGCUACAACGUUUGCAACGGUUUAUAGUCAAUACCUCCUUUUUUUUUUAAUAUUAAGAAUUUCAACAAAACAUUUUGUCAUAUAGCAUAUCAUCCUUUAUCCCCCCCCCCCCGUUUCCCCCCUCCACAUAAAGUAACCCCCCCUCCCCCCUGACUUCCCUCAGCUCCACUCUCUGGUUUAUCUGCAAGUGUUGUUCUCUGCAUGUUACAAAAUUGUAUAGAUAGUUUGUCUAACUGAAUUUUGCUAAAAAAAGGUUUGUGAGUGUUUAUUCGAAACCUGCCAAUGAGUCCAAUGCAUUUUCUUGUUUCUUUAAGUACUUUGUAAAAGGUUCCCAUUCAUCUUUAAAAUCACAGUUAUCCUUGUCCUGUAGUUUAUGUGUCAGUUUUGCCAGUUCUGCGUACUCCAUCAGUUUCUCUUGCCAUAGUUCUUUAGUCGGGAUUUCCUCAUUCUUCCAUCCUUGAGCUAUUAAGACUCUUGCCGCCGUUGUCGCAUACAUGAAGAUAUUUUGCAGUUUCUUUGGCAGUUUCUUUUCCUACAAUCCCUAACAAAAAUGCUUCAGGUUUUUAAACAAAUGUUAGAUGGAAAAUUUUCUUCAAUUCAUUGUAAAUUGUUUCCCAAAACCUUUUUGAUUUCAUUACAAUCCCACCACAUAUGGUAAAACGUCCCCUCCUUUUCUUUACGCUUCCAACACAUAUUUGAACUGGUUUUAUACAUUUUUACUAACUGCACUGGUGUCAUACACCAUCUAUAUAUAGUCAAUACCUCUUCACAGGGAGCUUUGGGAACUGUAGCUCUGUGCAGGGGAUAAUGGACCUCCUAACAACUCUCAGCUCCCAGAAUUCUUUGCGGGGAAGCCAUGAUUGUUUAAAGUGGCAUUGUCUGGUGCUUAAAAUACAUGAUGUGAAUUUUGCCUAGCUCUGAACAUCGGGCGACGGGGGCAGAUAGGGCAUCUACAUGGCAUGUCGAAGGCCCUGAGUUUGAAACCUGGCAUCUCCAGAUUGGACUGGGAAUGCCCCUGUGUCUGCAACUUCGUACAGUGUCUGUCGGCGUGGACAAUACUGAAAUAGAUGGGCCAGUGGUUUCACUUGGGCGCGAGGCGGCUUCCUGUGUUCCUACUUCGACACUUCCUGUCGGAAGCAGAAAGCUGCGCUAGAUAACCCAGCGGCUCUUUUCACGCGAUUGCAUUGCCUCCAUAACCCAUGAGAUUUGCCCCCCUCCCUGCCCUAAAGGUGACACAACUGCCUCCCCCUGCCCCCCGCUGAGAUAGCAUAUCUCUCUCUCUGCACUUGCAGGAGCGUGAGGUGGCUGUUCUUUUUUAAAUAUAUAUAUUAUAUAAUUAAUUUUUUAACAUAUUAUUUUCAGCAAUCAUUUAACACAAUUUCAUAUCUUAUACAAUUUUUUGACUUCCAUCAAUCACAUCUGAAAAUUUUCCAAUCUUUUUCACUUAAUUUAUCUUUCUUAAUUUCACCAUUACUUUUAAUUAUCUUAACUAAUAGCUUUCUUCAUAAUCUUCCUUGCAGUAUUUCAUAUAUUCUUCCUUAUAAAACUUCUUGUAAUCCUACUAGUGUAAUCUGUUGAUUACAAUUGCUUUUCAAAUAGUUCACAUAUUUAUUCCAGUCCUCUGAGAAUCUCUGGUCCCGCAGGUUUCAAAUCCUUCCUGUCAUCUUCUCUAAUUCUGCAUAGUCCAUUAAUUUCAUCUGCCAUUCUUCUUUCGUCGGUAAUUUUUCUUGUUUCCAGUUCUGGGCCAAUAAUACUCUUGCUGCUGUUAUUGCAUAUAAAAACAGUUUGUUAUCCUGUCUAUUAAUAUCCUCUCUUACAAUACCAAGUAAAAAUGCUUCUGGUUUUUUAAAAAAUGUAUAUUGCAACAUCUUUUUCAUCUCAUAUAUCAUUUCCCAGAAGUUUUUCACUUUCUUACAUUCCCACCACAUGUGAUAAAAAGUUCCUUCUUUUUCUUUACAUUUCCAACAUUUAUUACUUGUCUUAUACAUUUUAGCUAAUUUCACUGGUGUGAUAUACCAUCUAUGCAUCAUUUUCAUCACAUUUUCUUUCAAAGCGUUUUCCCCAAUCUUUUAACUGUAUAUUAUACCCGAAAUCUUUGGCCCAGUGUAUCAUACCCGACUUAACUUCUUCAUCUUUCAACUGCCAUUCCAACAGUGAUUUAUAUAUUUUAGACAAUAUUUUACAAUCAUUUUUCUAAUACUUCUAUUUCAAAUUUUGAUUUUUUUAUCAUCAAAUCCAUUUUCUUUUAAAUCUUGUUUAAACAUUUCAUUGAUUUGGCGAUAGUGCAGCCAGUCAUCCACAAAUUCUUUAACUUCUUCAUAAGGUUUCAUUUUCCAUUUACUUCCUUCUUUUUCUACCAAUUUCUCAUACGUGACCCAAUUUUUACUCAUAUUUAUCUUUUUCACACUCAUUGCUUCUAAUGGAGAUACCCACCAUGGUGUUUUACGUUCUAAUAGGUUUUUAUAUCUAUCUCAUAUUUCAAAUAGAGAUCUUCGGAAUAUAUGGUUGCCAAAUCCUUUAUGGACUUUUGUUUUGUUAUACUAUAGAUAUGCAUGCCAACCAAAUCUAUUAUCAUAACCCUCUAAAUCCAACAAAUCUGUAUUUUCUAACAACAUCCAUUCCUUUAACCAACAGAGGCAGCCUGCUUCAUAGUACAAUUUCAAGUCUGCCAGGGCGAAGCCCCCUCUUUCUUUGGCAUCUGUCAACACCUUACAGUAUAUUGAAUUCUUGGUUUCUUCCCCUGCCAGAUAUAUCUUGAAAUGGUCUUCUGUCACUCCUUAAAAAUUGCUGCCCCCUUGAUUAUUGGAACUGAUUGAAAUAAAAACAACAUAUUUCGUAGCACAUUCAUUUUGAUAGCAGAAAUCCUUCCCCAAAAUGACAAUUUCAUCCUUCCUCAUACUUCCAGAUCUCUCUUAAUUCAAUUCCACACCGGUGUAUAAUUAUUUUGAAACAAAUCUGUAUUCUUUGAGGUCAACCUUAUUCCUAAAUAUUUGACUUUUUUAACAAGUUCUAUACCAAUCUGUUGCUGCAACAUAUCCACCAAAUCUUGUUUCAUAUUUUUAAGUAACAUUUUCGUCGUCUUUUUAUUUAUUUUUAAAACCUGCUACUUGCCCAAAUCAUUCACUAGAUGUCCACACAUAAACUAUUCUCAAAGCUGAUUGAUUUGGUUCUGAAAAAAUGAGUGAAUUGUUUUUCUAAUGGGUGUCUCAGUCUCCAAACGUCUAUCAAAUUACAAUAAUCUAUCAUAGAAAAAAAUGUCUUUGGUAGCUUCCCUUCCUUCGAUCUUUCUUUUCUUCUUGAUCUAUCCAUUUUCAGUGACACCACACCAUUCAUUUCCCCCAUUAUUAUAAUUUUUUGAUCCACAAAUUCAAAUAGUUUUUCUUCCAAAUCUUUAUAAAAUUCCAUCUUACUACCAUUUGGUGCAUAAAUUCUGACGAUUAUCAAUUUUUCGCCUUGCCAAGUGACUUGUACUUCAAUUACCCUGCCCUCUUCAUCUUUGAAGAUUUGCUAAGCUUCAAAUUUGUUUUUUAUAUACAUCACCACUCCCCUCUUCUUACUUCUGAUGACAUAAAUUCAUUUCCUAAUUUUUUAUUAAUCAAUACUCUUCUACGUUUCCUGGCUACAUGAGUCUCUUGUAAAUAAAUAAUAUCCAAAUUCUUUUUUAACAAAAAGUGUUCAGUUUUGUUCCUUUUAUUUUUAUUACUUAUGUCAUUCACAUUCCAGGUCCAUAAUUUUAAUUCCAGUUUGGUUUCUUUUAAUAUGUAAGACUAUAAAAGUUCUUAAACCUGUCCCUCUUCCUCCUCCUUUUCUUCUUCUUCCAAAUUAUCAGUAUCUUCUCCUUCCGGGGUCACUGCUGCUUCUUCUUCUCUUCCCAACUCUUUAUAUUUCCUCAAAAAUUUAUAUGUUUCAUCCACACUUUUAAAUUUGAAUUUCUUCUCUUUAUAAUAAAAUGAGACGUCUUCUGGAAAUUCCAAUUUAAAUUCAAUUCCAUUUUUCCUCAAUAUCUGUGUCAAUGGCUUGUAUUGGUCGCGUUUUUUCAGCAAGUGAAGUGGCACGUCUUUAAAGAUGAUUGUGAAUAUUCCAUCAAUACAUAGUCUCUUUUUCUGCAAAAUCCAAUUUCUCAUUUCUCUCCUUAAAGAUAAUCAGACAGUCUCCUGGGAAUUUUUUUGCCUUUGUCGUCUUCGUUUUAAUCCUAAACACAUUUUGUAUUGUUUUUGCCUAUUCCUCUACUUCCAUAUUUAACCAUUGUGCAAUUUCCGUUGUCAAUUUUUCACAAUAUUUUCUCAUUGUGAUUCUGCAACCGAUCUAAACCUCAAAUUCAUUUCUCUUUGCCUCAAUUCAUUCAUAGCAAUCGCGUCCCACAACUCCUCCUGUGUUUUAUUCAUUUCUGAGACUUCUUCUUUAACCUUUUCUUCCUCUUUUUUCAUAUCUCUUACUUCUUGCUUUGUUCGCUUCAUCCCUUCUUCCAAGCUUUGUGUUCUUUUGGUUAUCUCUUUCAUUUGGCGCCUCAGAAACAGUCAUAUCAAUUUUUUUAUCCAUCUGCUCCAGCCUUGUCUCCAAAUUCUUUUCACUCUGUUUUAUGUCCUUUUUUAUUUCUGCAAACAUUUUUUAAAUCUCUCCUUUAUUUUGACUUUCUUGUUUCGAUCCCCUCCUCUCCAAUGGUGUUCCUCCUCCUGCCUUUUCUGUGCUGACAUUCUUUUUUAAAAAAAGUUUUUAAUUAACAAUUUUGACAUAUCAAAGUAUCAAAACAUAAUCAUAUUAAUUAUUUUUUCCCUUUCUCCCCACCUCCCCAUCAAACCCUCCCCCCAAGACUUCUCUCAGCUCCUCUCUCUGAUUUUUCAACACAUAUUAUUCUCUGCAUACUGUAAAAUUGUAUAAAUUCUUAUAUUAUCUAUCUGCUAUGUCAACAAUCAAUUAAUUUGUGUGUGUUUAUUCAUAACCUGCCAAGGAGUCCAAUUCAUUUUGUUGUCUUUUUAAAUAAUUUGUAAAAAGUUCCCAUUCUUCUUUGAAGGCACAGUUGUCCUUAUCUCGCAGUUUAUACGUUAGUUUAGCCAGUUCUGCAUAGUUCAUCAAUUUCUCUUGCCACUUUUCUUUUGUUGGGGUUUCCUCAUUCUUCCAUCCUUGUGCUAUCAAGACUCUUGCCGCUGUUGUUGCAUACAAAAAUAUAUUCUUUAUUAUCCUUGGAAGGUCUUGUCCUACUCUAACAGAAAUACUUCUGGUUUUUUUUAACAAAUGUCAUUCUAAACAUUUUCUUCAAUUCAUUGUAUAUCAUUUCCCAAAUUUUUAAAAUUUUUCUACAUUCCCACUGCAUGUGAUAAAAAGUCCCUUCCUUUUCUUUAAAUUUCCAACAUAUGUUUGACCCGGUUUUAUAUAUUUUUGCUAUCUGUACUGGUGUUAUAUACCAGCUAUACAUCAUUUUCUUAAAAUUUUAUUUCAAAAGAGCACAAUCUGUAAAUUUUAAAUCUGUUUUCCACAGUUUUCCCCAAUCCUUAAAUUGUAUAUUAUGUCCUAUAUCUUGCGCCCAUUUGAUCAUUUACCUCCUCAUCUUUUGUUUCCCAUUUUAACAGGAUACUAUAUGCACCCUUCAGCAACUUCACUUUUCCUUCUAUAACUUCCUUUUGAAAUCUAGAAGUGGUAUAACUAAAUCCUUUCUUGUUGUCUUCUUUGUAUAUCUCAUGUAAUUGCCUGUAAUGUAACCAACUCUGAAAACAAUCUUUUAUUUCCUCAUACUUUUUUAUUUCCAUUUUCCUUCUUGAUCUACAGUGGUACCUCGGGUUAAGUACUUAAUUCGUUCCGGAGGUCGGUUCUUAACCUGAAACUGUUCUUAACCUGAGGUACCACUUUAGCUAAUGGGGCCUCCUGCCACCGACGCGCCGCCGGAGCACGAUUUCUGUUCUCAUCCUGAAGCAAAGUUCUUAACCCGAGGUAAUAUUUCUGGGUUAGCGGAGUCUGUAACCUGAAGCAUAUGUAACCCGAGGUACCACUUUAUUAGCAAAUCACUGUAUGUAAGCCGUUUUUCUCAAGUGCCUUGAGCAACAGAGCUUCAGUUGGUGAGGAGUCUUUUGUUCUAUUAAGUCUUUAUAUCUCUCCCAGACCCUCAUGACAUUGUCUAUUUUUAAUGUUUUUUCACUCUUUGCCACUAGAUGUCACCCUCCAGAGUUAAACAGUCAAAGAAAGAAAGGGACGAAACAAGAAAACUUAAUUCAAAUUUUUCCACCUCUUGUUUGGCUAAUCCACCGUUCCGGAACAGCAAAGUUAAAUUCACCCCCAAAAAACAAACUCAAAUUAUUAAGUUUAAACUUCUUCUGCCACUUGCUUGGCUAAUCCACUACAAAGCUUUCCCAACGUAGUGCACACAAAAUCACAAAUUCCUUAAUAUCGAGGAAGAAAAAUAAAAAAAUAAAAACCACCACAAGCCUUCAAGUGUCCUAAUAAAAACCCCCAAAUAAAAAUCAAACCAAUUCUUCAGCCACUUGUUGGCCUAAUUCCUUCGAAAUCCCACUAUCCAAAGAAGAAGAAGAGGAACAGGUACAAAAAUUAAAUGAAUAUAGAAACCAAUCCACCAGUUUGCUAACAGUCCACACCAAAAAAAUAAAUAAGGGGGAGGGGCGUAGUUCAGUGUCUUUUUUCCACUCUGCUCCUCCUCAAAAUAAAAAUAAAAAUAUACAAUCUGCAUCCAAAUCAAUCCUGCUUGGGCUUAGUAGCUUUCUCCCUACACACUGGUGUCUGGCAUUAGUAAAAACUAAAAAGAAUAAAAUAAGAAGUACAAAGUUUCCUAAUUUUAACCAGGCAGUUCCGCAUAAACGAAGGUAAAAGGAAGUUCUCCUUCUGCUUUCUCAGAGAUCUUUGGGCCGACCAAGAAUAUCCAAAGUAAGAGGUUUUCACCCUUUUUAUAUACAGUCUGCUUCUAUUAAAGUUUAUAUUUCCGCUGUAGGUAAAAUCAUAAGUUUACUGUUCCUUAUCUGAGUUCAAUUCCCAGACGAGGCUGACCUCCUUUUUUCCACCCCGCUGAGAGGUGGCUGUACUUAUAUCACUUCCUCUUGCAGGAAAUCGGCUCUCUCUGUAAAUACGCCGAGCCUCUCCUUUUGUUAUGGAGCCCGGCUGCAGCAGAUGUGGCUGCUCCUUCGGGCUCGGAGGAAAGGGGGAGUCCCCGAGGGGCACAGGUGUCCUGGGGCGUGUGGAUCUUCACCCGCAACUCUUGUCGUUGCUCAAGAAACAGAGACAAGGGCGAUGGUGUGACUCACUUCCUGAAUCUUUUGCCCGCUUGGCUGCAGGUAGCGACCGUCGCGAGGGCAGAUGGGGAAUGGGUGUAUAUUAAGGGGCUAGGACCAUUUUGUGCCUCUCUCAUAUCCUUCAAAGCACCUCGCAUCAGUGGUCCUGCAUCUGCAGCCUCGGAGUCCAUCUUGUUGCAAUCCAUUCCAUCUUGUUCAGUGGUUUUCUUGCGCCUGCCAUUUCUGCCUCGUCCCUCACUUGUCCGCGGGGGCUGCAGCUGCCCUUAAUCCUCGGCACAGCUGAUUCAGCCUUUAUUAUUGUCUUUUGCAAAAUGCCUUUGCAAAGCGUUUCUUUCUCGUUCUCGCAGUGGGCCGGGCGAAGGCCCGGUUUGACACUUCUCUGGGCGCCGUAACAAACUCUGUGGCUAAGCAAAGGAAGUGGGUUUUUCACACCGCACACCCUUGAGUGUGUGAAAUACAUGUGUUCUCUUGACGGUUCUGUGGUUUCUCUCACAUAAUUAAUUUGUUUAAUGGCUUGUUUUAUUUAAGGCAGGGCUUUGCUUGCUUGUUUCUUUGCAGUAUUUCUAUACCGGUUUUCAGACAGACCUCGCAAAGUGGUUUACGUAAGAUUAUUACGACAAUAAACAUCAAUUGAAAAAAGAAAAUAUUCAAUAGAAUAUAAAAGGCAACUUGUUUGCUUAAGGGAAUAAAUGAACCCUGUGGCAGUUUGAGGAGAGGGGACAUGGGAGUUAGAUGGUGACAAAUCAUCAACCCUCCUUCUCACCUCUCCUCCGGGCAAGAGGCUGCAUUCCCCAAAUCGUGGUCCUUGAGGUUCGUUCAGGUGGUCCGUGGUGUGUCCACAUUAAAUAUCCACCUUGAUUUUUAAUUGUAUUUGUAUGGCUUCUGUUGUUUCUUAUAUUAUAUUCCAUUGAAUGAUGGUUCAAACUCCAAAGAAUUGAGCUUGUAAUACAAUAAAAUACAACAUAAGAAAUGAAAGAAGCAAUAAAAAAAAUGAAGUUUUAAAAUCAUACAGCAUCUAGCACAGUGAGUCUCCACCUGUUUUCAGACUACAACUCCCGUCACCCUGAGCUUGCAAGACCCAGUGUCCAGGGAUGAUGGGAAUUGUAGUCCAAAAACCAAGUUUGGGAAACCCUGAUUUAAGGUAUUUACUGCACCAUGCCACUGAAAUAGGCUCUCAGUUUCUAUAUUGUGAGGCCACUUCUCGAUGAGUCUCUUAAAAGCACGCAGAACAUUAAAGAACGUGGCUGAAAGCUGGGUCACAGUCCACUCUGAAAGGUUGGUCACCCUUUUCCAGACAAGCUUCUCUGUCUUUUUUAACAUACACAUCACUGGCAGAACUUUCAACAAUAGUGCAGCUUGACAGAGAAAUGUGGAUGUUUGCUUUUAAUUUCUGUUUCUUUUGCGGUUGCCAAAAAGCCACAGAGCCAUUGGUCAGAGAGAAAUGUAGCUAUGGCUGGGAAUCCUUGCCUGCUAAAGCAGCUUGACGCUUGAUGUAAUGCAUUGCAUAGAAUGCAUAUAUAUAUAUAUAUAUAUAUAUAUAUAUAUAUAUAUAUAUAUAUCCCCAUAAAAGCUACUAAUCCUCAGAAGGUUGUACCGGCUUGCUUCUCCCUAUACUUUGUCUGGUUGGCCAUUUUGUGGCCUCAAAGGGCGAAAAAAGCGGGGCGUUUUUCUGCUAAGCUUCUGGGAGACCACACAAAGAAGCAAUUCCUUCUUGACUACAAGAGCGGCCAUUUAUGAGUCUUCUGUAAACAUGUCCUGAAAUUGCUUUGCAAGCUGGUUAUUUUGUGUGUGUCUGUGUGUGUGUCAUUCUGUUAAUGGUCCAUAGAUGGGGGCACAGAACCAUAGCAUUGCAGAUUUGGAAAGGGACCACGAGGCUUCCUCAAACUCGGCCCUCCAGAUGUUUUUGGCCUACAUCUCCCAUGAUCCCUAGCUAGCAGGACCAGUGGUCAGGGAUGAUAGGAACUGUAGCCUCAAACCAACUGAAGGGCUGAGUUUGAGGAAGCCUGAUCUAUCUAGUUCAGGGUUUCCCAAACUUUGGCCGCCAGCUGUUGUUGGGCUACAGCUCCCAUGAUCCCUAGCUAGCAGGACCAGUGGUCAGGGAUGAUGGGAGGUAUAGUCUAAAAAAAAAGCUGUAGAUUCAAGUUUGGGAAACCCUGAUCUAGUCCAUUUAGGUGCCGAAGUUGACUUCUAAAUUGCAAGUUGUACUGUUCCCCAUAAGGGAUGCGGGUGGCACUGUGGGUUAAACCACAGAGCCUAGGACUUGCCAAUCAGAAGGUCAGCGGUUCGAAUUCCUGUGAUGGGGUGAGCUCCUAUUGCUCGGUCCCUGUUCCUAACCACCUAGCAGUUCGAAAGCAUGUUAAAGUGCAAGUAGAUAAAUAGGUACCGCUCUGGUGGGAAGGUAAACGGCGUUUCCGUGCGCUGCUCUGGUUCGCCAGAAGCGGCUUAGUCAUGCUGGCCACAUGACCCAGAAGCUGUAUGCCGGCUCCCUCGGCCAGUAAAGCGAGAUGAGCGGGGCAACCCCAGAGUCGGCCACAACUGGACCUAAUGGUCAGGGGUCCCUUUACCUUACUGUUCCCCAUUACAGGAACUACCCAGAAUGCUAACUACCUUGUGGGCAAUUAAUUUUAUCCUUCCUUUGUGUCACCACUAGGGGACACCAAGCUAGUCAUCACUCAUUAGGAUUUUUUUACCUGUUCCACAAAAAGAGACAAAUAAUACCUGUGGGAAAAUAGAUAGCAAUGCCCUAGAGAUGGGUAUCUGGGGCUAAACCUCAAUAAUCAGACUGGGAAACUUCAAUAAUCAGGUUAUUCUGUCCCCCCCACCCUGGGACAGUGUGUGUGAAGGCAAUCCAAGCCCAGCACUCUGAAGAGUUUUGCAAUGUGCUGUUUUGAUUCUGACCCAUAUUUUUCCCCAAACCGAGCUCCUCCCUGGCCACUACUGCCAGCCGUUUGGAAAGGUGCCCUUUAUGAGUCAGGCUGUCUGUGGGGUGUGGAGUUUUUCUCCUGCUUGUCUCUGAGGCCUCUUUGUAGGUGACAGAGGCAGUAUUCAUGCAGAAUUCACCUCCACCUAGUGCAGGAAUUUCUGAGUAAUGGGGGGGGAGAGAAAGAGAGGUGGGGUGGCCUUGGUAGCUUGAAUACCUCUCUGUGUAUGAAGCCCUCCCCCUGCUCCAACUUGCUUUCCAUUCCAUCUCUUCUCCCUCCCCCCCCCCCCCCCGCAUCUCCCAUAUUCUUCCUGAGGACGGGUGUGUAUUUUUCCUGAAAAACCGAAUCCUUGCAAAGCUGGGUUUUAUUUAAAGAGAGCAAUCAUUUAGGGGAAAUCCAUGCCAUGGGUUUUUUAAGCUCAUUCAGUGCAUGUGAAUUCCCCCCAAAGAAUCCUUGAAACUGUAGUUUGACACCCCAGAGCUAUGAUUCCCCAGUGCCCUUAACAAACUACAGUUCCCAUGAUUGUCGUGCGGUUUGAAAGCCCGUUGGAUGUGUGUCUGGCCUUAGAGCAGGGAUAGGGAAUGUGUUGUAAACCGAACUCCCAAAUCUAUGUGCUUCACCACCACUGCCCAGUUUGUUAAUUUUUCAUUUUUCUGUCCGCCCCCCUAAAGGUAGAUGCUGA